UAUCAACAUGGCAGCUCUCUGAGUUUUGCAGGAAGCGACCUGGAGUAGAUAAAGCUCAAUUUGACGGUUUGCCAGCAGCGACAGCGUCCGGGCGUCUGUGUUUAGAACCGAACGGACCCGAGGGGGGAAAAAUGUCGGGUGACGGAAACAAAAAGCAGUUCUGGAAAAGAAACGCGGCGAAGGUUCCCGGCAGCAUUCAGCAUGUGUAUGGCGCACAGCAUCCACCUUUUGAUCCCCUCCUUCACGCUAACUUGAUUAAAGCUGGCCAGAAGCCAUCUCCCGCCACGCCGGGCAAGCCCAAGAAGGCCACCACGUUCCAGGAGUUCGAGAGCAUCACCAGCGAUGCCUGGGAUGUCGGGGACGACGACGACGAACUGCUGGCCAUGGCUGCGCAGAACCUGAACAUCGAGGUCGUCAUGGAGACCGCCAAUAAGGUGAUUGAGAAUCACAGCAAGUUGCAGGAGCGACAGAAGCUGGACGACAACACACAAGAAGAGGGGGCAGACGACGACGACGAUGAGGAGGAGGAUGAGGAUGAGGAAGACGAGGAAGGAGACUUGACCAGUCCGGAGGUUUCCUUCUCUUUCCACAGCAGCCUCGACACUGAAGGUCGCCUGGUGAAAUCCCACAGCGAAGCUCCCAUUGGCUCACCGAAAGAUGCAGCAGGUGAGCACGCAGCACUCUACAGACAGCGCUCUCUGCCCCACCGGCCGGUCAUCCCACUCGUGGCUCGCAUGGCCGACCAGAACACAUCGGGCACUCCGGCCAUGACGGAGAGGGAAGCGUCGCGUCUGGAUAAGUUCAAGCAGUUGUUGGCUGGCCCCAACACAGAUCUCGAAGAGCUUCGAAAACUCAGCUGGUCUGGAAUCCCGCGACAAGUCCGACCAAUCACUUGGAAGCUCCUUUCGGGUUACCUGCCUGCUAAUGCUGAGAGGAGAGAGAAUGUCCUUCAGAGGAAGAGGCAGGAAUAUUUUGGCUUCAUCCAGCAGUACUAUGACUCCCGCAAUGACGAGCACCAUCAGGACACAUACAGACAGAUCCAAAUAGACAUUCCUAGGAUGAGUCCUGAGUCUUUGGUGCUACAGCCAAAGGUGACAGAGAUUCACAUUGACAUACCGAGAACUAAUCCUCUUAUUCCUCUCUUUCAACAAGCUUCUGUCCAAGAGAUAUUUGAACGGAUCCUUUUCAUUUGGGCCAUCCGCCACCCGGCCAGCGGCUAUGUGCAAGGCAUCAACGACCUGGUCACGCCCUUUUUCGUGGUCUACGUCUUUGAGUACAUCGAGGAAGAAGUGGAAAACUUUGACGUGUCCAGUCUCCAGGAAGAGGCUUUGAGGAACAUUGAGGCUGACAGCUUCUGGUGCAUGAGCAAACUGCUGGACGGCAUCCAGGACAACUACACCUUUGCACAGCCAGGCAUUCAGAGGAAAGUCAAGGCACUGGAGGAGCUGGUCAGCAGGAUAGAUGAGUCAGUGCAUCAUCACAUGCAGCAUUACGAGGUGGAAUACUUGCAGUUUGCCUUUCGCUGGAUGAACAACCUUUUGAUGCGGGAGCUGCCACUCCGAUGCACUAUUAGACUCUGGGACACCUACCAGGCUGAACCCGAGGGUUUCUCCCAUUUCCAUCUCUACGUCUGUGCAGCCUUCCUUGUGAGGUGGAGAAAAGAGAUUCUUGAGGAGCGAGACUUUCAGGGCCUGAUGAUUCUACUGCAAAACCUCCCCACCAUGCACUGGGGCAACGAAGAAGUCAGCGUGCUGCUGGCCGAGGCCUACCGGUUGAAGUUCGCCUUCGCCGACGCCCCCAACCACUACAAGAGAUGAUGAUGCCUCCUCCUCUUGCUACCUGACGAUUCUUUAGCAGAAGGACCACAUUGCCCAAAAGGAGAUUUGACAAACUGAGUGGAUGUAGCACUGAACAUGUGGACCUGGAACCAUUUAUUUUUAUUAUUAUUAUUAUUAUUUGUGACUCUAAAAUUCACAUUCCACCCAUGAGAGACGUGGGAGAAUGGUUUUUUUUUUUUCCCCCCUCUCCUACGGCAAAGAUCUGACCUUUUUUGCCCGUUAAGUCAACGGAAGGCGGCGAAAAGGGCAAAGUGCACCCCGGCUUUCUCUCCUGUUCGAGGAACAUGACCUCCUCUCUUCUUCCCCCGCAGGGAUGAGGAAGAACACAUCUGAGGAUUUCCCUCCAUCCAUUAAAGGUGCCCACGCCCUAUUGAGUUCAGAAAGCUUCACCAACAAACCUAAAAUGGUUGCCCAGAGAUGUCGACGUCACACGUAAAAACAAAUCUUUUGCAGGGAGUUUGCCCCCACACAAUAAAAACAAAGUGGACCUGAAGCAAUGCCCUUCUUCUUGUGCAAUUUUAUCAGAAGUUUCAGUCCUUAUUAGUUCACGAGGAGCUCAAGUGGACGUUAAAAAUCGACUGUGAUUAGUUUCGCGCCGUUUUCAAGCCUCUCAUCCCCCGCUUUCUGAUAAGGGCAGGCAGUUGAGAAUGAGGUUGUUUUCCUUCGGCAGCAUGAUUGGCUAGCGGUUCGCACGUCUGCCCUCACAGUUCGGAGGUCUUGGGUAUUGAAGACAAGCACUAUAGACGGGCGGAUGUGUUUUCCUCGUCAUAAUCUUCACAGCAAAAAUACAAAUCUUACCUAAUUUACCUCAUUUCUAGUGAAAGCAUCCUACUGUACUUAUUUCAAGACAUUUUUGACUUUUUCUUUUUAAAAAUUUCAGCGAGACGAAAAUAAUUUUUAAGAUACAAGAUCUUAUUGGAAGAAUCUUAUCCAGUCAACCCAUUGACAGACAUUUUGGCCCAAAAAUAAGUGAAAAAUAAUCUGCCAAUGGAACGAGGAUGAAUUGACUUGAUAAGAAUUUUUUUUUCAAGAUCUUGUAUCUCAAACCAAGUCUUUUUGUCUGUCUCAAAAAUGUCUUAAAAUAGUACAGUAAGAUGUUUUCGCUAGAAAUAAGAUGAAUUCACUUGGUAAAAUUUGAGUUUUUCCAGUGUUGAAAUCAGCCAUUAAAUUAAUAUUGUUUCCAUAACUAGCCGAGGAAUUUAUGCCCGGCGUUGGAGAAAUUCAUCGUUUUUUUCUAAGAUUUUAGAUUUUUGCUACUUUAUUUUUUUUUUCUCUUUUCCUCUUUAUUAUUUUACAAACUGCAGCCACUGUCACUUUUGUUGCCUUAAUCCGCACAGCAAACAAAAGAUGAACAUUUUAAAUAAAAUCAAAGCCAGAUUAUUUAAACCUAUUGAACAUGUCUAACAAAUAGUGCCACCUUCUGACCUUGGGGGGUGGAUUUAUUUUAUCUACAUUACAGUUUUUUUUUUCCCCCCCCAGUAUAAAUCUAUCGCUAGAUUAACUAAAAACCAUAGUUCAGACUAAUGCCAGUCUGCUCACACAAGCAUCCCUGCAGUGACGAAAGUUCGAGUCUUUUCUGGCUGCAGCCUUCUUCCUUCCACAACACGCACACACUCGCGCACAACACUGGACUUCAAACCAUCUUUGAAGAAUCUCCUGCAAGGUACCCCCGAGUAACAUUUCCCCGUGGUAGUUUUUGCUCCCCUUCGUCUCCUUACAUGGAAAUCUGUUCAUGGAAACCAACAACAAAUGAACAAAAAUCAUUAAUAAAAAAAAUAAUAAAUCCCCCCCCAUGCUUUGAGAAUGGUCACCGAAUGGAAGACUAGUAGAGCGUGUGGUGUACUGGUUCCUGAAGAAGAAGAAAAAAGUGUACAGAAAUUUUUGAAAUUAAGAAAAAAAAAUGUGUAAAUAAAUAGUCUAU